CUGUGUUUGUUGAAGCUCAGAAACUCGCUUAAACGUUUAAAUAGCUGAAGAUCUUGAGAUUUUCAUUGAAAGCAGGAUCAAAAUGAAGUUGGCGACCGCUUGCCUUUUGCUUUUGGGUGUAGUUUGCGCUGAACGAGUUCAUUACUUUGGUGAUAAAGUUUUUCAAAUUACUCCAAAAACUGAAGAAGAAUCCGAUUGGUUGCAUUCAUGGAUAGAGUCUACUACAAUAAAACUUGAUGUUUGGCGCAAUCCAAAAGGAGCCGGUCGCGCAACACAUAUUCAUGUAAAAGCAGUUGAUGUGGAAAGUGUGACUGAAGUCUUAAAACAAAAAGCUAUAAAUUUCACAAUAACCAUCGACGAUUUAGAAAAAGUGAUUAACCGAGAACAUUUUCAUAACCAACUUUUCUCAUAUAAUACUGGCGUAUAUUCUUUUGACAGAUUUAAUAGAUAUUCUGAGAUUGAUGCACAACUAACACAGUUUGCAAACACAAACUACAAUCAUGCUAAAGUCAACAAGUUUGUUAUGGGAACAACUUUUGAAAGAAGACAAAUUAAUGGAAUUAAGAUAACUGCAAAAUCUGGACCUAGCACAAAGCCAGCAAUUUGGGUUGAUGGUGGCAUCCAUCCCAGAGAAUGGAUAUCUCCAGCAACAGUUAUGUAUCUAGCAAAACUUCUUCUUCAACCAAUACAAAAUGUUGACAAGGUUUUAGCCAAAUACGAUAUUUAUAUUGUUCCUGUAGUAAAUGUAGAUGGAUAUGAAUUUACUCAUACUGGAGAUAGAAUGUGGCGAAAAACUAGAAGCAAUUGUAGAAUAAGUAGAUGUUGUGGAGUGGAUCCUAAUAGAAACUGGGCAAACAAUUUUGGAGGUGCUGGAACUAGUACUGAUCAGUGUAGCGAGAUUUAUAGAGGAACACAACCGUUUAGUGAACCAUGUGUUAAAGCCCUUUCAGAUUAUUUAAGAAGUCUAAAAAAUUCACCUGGUGGUCUCAAAUCAUAUUGGAAUGUCCAUGCUUUUAGUGAACUUUUACUGACUCCGAUUGGAUAUUCUACCACCUUGCCUAGAGAUUACGCUGAAAUUAAAAGAGUUGGUGAUAUAUUUGCUGCAGCAGUUCAGAAAACUUAUGGUAGAAGGUUUGAAGUGGGUCCUCCAUCUCGAAUUUUAUAUCCUGUCGGAGGUGGUAGCAUGGAUUGGACAUAUGAAAACUUGGGGGUAGUUUAUUCUUAUGGUCCUGAAUUACGCCCGUCAAGAAAUGCUGGAAAUGGAUUUAUUGUGUCGCCAACUGAAAUUCGCCCAUCAGGAGAGGAGUUUACAGCUGGUUUCUUAGCCGCCGCACUCGCAAUGAAAUAAUUUUUUUGCAGUUGUUUCCAUUUUGUUGCUAUUGUUAAUAGUGCAAUUGUAACUACGACUGUUAAAUAAUAAACUUAGUAAAAAAAAAUUUUUUGGUUUAAUAAA